ACUUGGACACCAAAUGGAAUGCGAAGCUGCGGAGGGACGCGAUUCGAGCGAGGCAGAUGAAGAAGAUGUUAGCCCAAGCGGAUGCAGAAGUAAAGUACGAAGAGGACAAGGGUCCAUGACCAGGACCAGUCUGGACUUGGGGCACUGCCAUGGAUCGGGAGGAGGUCGAGGAGCAGCAGGGCGAUGGGAAUUCGAGAAGGGGCAGCAUCAUCAGCAACAGCAGCAUAAACAAAACGACCAUCAGAGCCGCAGGAACGGAAGAACCAUACACUGAACGAAAUCAAACCAAAGUAAGGAAGGAUAAUACUCCAGAUUAGUUUUACAUUUUGGACAAUUAAUAGUAUGCUGUAAGAAAAUAAAUAAUAUAAAUAAAU